UAUUGCACCGACACACAUUACAAGGCAGACAAGGGCGCAUGGAGGUGAAACUAAUCAAAGAAGAACUAACUGAGGGUCAAGGACAACAAUCACUUGCUGGCAAAGAAGCCUCUUCUCUCCCAAGGCUAAGAGCUACCAAAGGAGCUCAGGAUGCCCAAGUGAGAGGUGCCAGUUCCCCCUCUGCUCCUGCUCCCUCCCCCCCUCUUCCGCUCUACCCCCACAAUGGAUCUAACGUCAGUGUGAGCCCACCCUCUGUCAACACCCGCCAACUUGGUAAAGUUAAACGAUUCUUGACCACCGUUGUGCAAUUUGGACAGGACAUUUCCUAUGAAACGGGCGAUAGAGUCAAGGCCCUAGUACUGAGCCUUGUGAGCAGUGCAGUAUCUGUUGAAGACUUCCAUCAUUCCCUUCAAGAAAUAACCAAUUUUCCUCUUCGACCCUUUGUGAUGCCAUUUUUGCGAGUCUACCUGCCUCCAUUUCAACGUGAAAUCGCUGCACAGGCUAGGGCGCUCAAAAUGCCCCUGGCACAGUAUUUGAGACAGCACGAGCAUGCCGUGCUUGACCCGGCUUACUCUGCCAGUGAACCCAGUGAGAUAUUCAGAACGCACCACAGCGAACAUUCAGACAAGAGAAGAUCAACAACUGACAGUUGCUUCGAGAAUGGUCUGUCGGAAGAGGGUUCAGCAUACAUGCCCCCCGCCGCUAAGCGCCCCCAUCUGCUGCCGCCUCUCCAAGAGCACCACCCCUCCACCCCCCUGCCGCUGCCAAUGCCUCUCUACAAUGCCACCCCUCCCGCCCCCCCAGCCACGUCGCAGCCUCCAUCCACGCAGACGCAGCAGACACAGCCACGCGAACCUGUUGACGAGGAAUGGAAAAACAUACAUGUGAUGUUGAACUGUAUUCUGAGCAUGGUGGAGAAGACAAAGAGAGCCCUAGGCAUCUUGCAGCAGCGCAGCGUGCCCGGCUGGCCGCCAAAUGCCAGUGUCAACACAAAUGGCCUUUCCGACGAUGUCAAGAGAACAGCCGCUGACAUCCUGGCGCAUACCAUUCGUGUCACGGAGGAUCGUAUAGCUGACGUCAAAAGAAAAGCCGAAGAAGCAGUGAAUGAAGUGAGGAGACAAGCAGUUGCUGAAUUACAGAGAGCUGUAGCUGCCGCCUCCGCCACGGCAGACCGCCUCCGGAAGGCUCCCGCCCCAGCACCCACCCCCAGUCCUCCUUCUUCCUCUUCACAGCACAAUGCAUGUUGGAAUUGUGGCCGCAAAGCAAAUGAAACAUGCAGUGGUUGUAACACAGCAAGAUACUGUGGAGCUUUUUGCCAGCAUAAGGACUGGGACACUCACCACCAGGUAUGUUGUCUGACAGCUAGAAGUCAGCCUACCACUGAUAAAGCGCCCGCCUCUCCAGUGGCGGCAUCCUCAAACUCCUCCUCACCGGCACCGCCGCCCCCACCGCCUCCACCACCACCUCCUCCUCCGCCCCCACCUCCUCCUCCUCUCCCUUCACCGCCUCAAUCCUCCUCACCCUCUUCCGCUGAGUCAUCUUCCAGUGCCAGUCCACUUGCCAGUGCAAGCAAGUGACCAUUCAAGAGGAGGUAUGGUGAUAGAGGAGCUCGAGUGUCCAGAUAUGCCCGUCUGGCAAAGUACGCGUACGCCAGUAGAGGUAUACAAUUGAAACAGGUCAACUAGAAACUCAUUCACUUGGAUCAACGAAAAACUCUUGGCCAAAGUAUGAUGACUGCGCCAUAAAACCCUUAACAAUUUGAUUUUUAAUCAAAUAAAAUUCGUACAUGCAGGAAAGCUAGCCUUGUUUUAGCGCAAACCGCAUCAAAACAUAAUUUGAUUGGAUGGGAAGAUAUGGUGUUGUAUUUCACCAUAAUUGAAAGAGUAAGUGCCGGUUGCACAAAAGCCGGUUAAAUUUUAAUUGUGGUUAAUUUCACGAGAACCAAUCAGAGAAG